GAGAAACCCGGGGAGGCGCCUGCUCCCCGCGGCAUCCCCCCGCCUCCGAGCGAGAGCCCAGGUGCAUGGAAGUGGAUGUGACGCGCACGCUCCACCAGCAUGUGGCAGCAGCACUGAUGCUUGCAGAGCCCAUCCCUGUAAUGCUGGAUUGACGUGAUGACGCCUGGAGCCAUGACACUCUUGGUGAUGUUCACCAGGGAAGCUGCCCUCAGGGAACUACUGCACACCAGCUACUCAUCAAGGCCCUGCCCUACUGAAGUCAGUAGGGAUGUUACCAUUAAUAUUAACUGAUGCAGGCUCCGGCCCCAAGUCCAGAAUCUAAAUACCCCAGGUGUCAAUAACCAGACACUGAAAUAGGGCGCAAACUAGAGGUAGGACUGCAAAGUCAGGACCAAAAACAGAAAAGGGAUAUGACAGGAGCAGCAAUCCUCAUGAAGUGAAUUAUUCUUAAUCAUAUCACAGACCCCCAACCAGGCUGGCUGCAUGUAUCCAUCCUCUAGUCUGAUGGCUGUGUCAAAUUGAGGUCCCCAAACAUCUAGGCCUUGUAAGUUGUAUCCUGUAACUUUUCAUUCAUUAUUCCUAGGUGUGGAAGGAUUUGGUUUUUAUUAGUUGAUGUUGGUAAACCUCCAAUUCCCUGUACACACCCAAACUGAGAACAAAAAUAUUUUCAUCAAUAACAAUAGAAAUGUACAGACAGGCAAUGUAAGAAAAAUGCUGCUUGAGAACUUUCUGUGAUUUAGAAUUUUGAAUGAGGCUUGUUACGAAUGGACUAGCGUAUGAAUAGUAAACAGGUGUGAUUUAUUGAUUUAAGGAUAUUUAAUUUGUAUGUUUUGACAUGAUUUUGACAAUGUGUUUUAACAGUUUGUAAAGCUUUUCCUUUUUGAAUAUCAGUGUCUAGUGUCCUUAGUCUGAUCUCCCCCCACACCCCCAUAAUUUCCCACAACUGAAAAUUUAAAUGGGAAAAAUCUAAAAAAAAUGCUUAAAAAUAAACAUCGAUAUCAGUCAAAAUUAUAAAAUAGUUAAAUUCUGCCAAGACUAAUUAUUUUCCAGUUUAAUUUCUCCCACAUGACUUAGUUACAUGCCACUUAGUGUCCCAGCCAGCAAUCAAAAUAUUAUGGAUUUGUUAAAUAAUCACAAUAAAUAAAUACUGGACACUUUAGAGCAGGGGUCUCAAACUCAAUUUACUUUAGGGCCAGUGCCAGUCCUCAAAUCCUCCCAGCAGGCCAAUAAUGUGACUGAAGAUGGUGUUCAGAAAACGUUUAUAUUGUAUUUUUUAUUUUGAAUUUCUUAGAAAUAAUAAAACGAUCAUACAACGUUAUACAAUUCUUUGCCUGCCAGAGAGUUGUUAGUGUUUGCCAGACACCUGGCAACGCUUCAGUUCUGUCGGUUUGUUGAUGCUUGGCCUCAGUGACUGAGCAGUUGAAACCUCCAGGAUUGCACCAAGGGGUGCAUCAGAUAGUUGUGUUCCGUAUUUUGACUUGUUUAUAUUAAUUGUGGAAAAAAGUGAUGCCACCUCCAUGGCUGACUCCGCCUAGCAACUAAUGAUGCUGCCUCCAUGGUUGACUCUGCCCGGCAACUAGUGAUGGUAUCUCUGUCCCUCUCCCCCAGACAAUGGGAGUUGUGGGGACCAGCGCAGCAUGGCUGCAUGCAUCUCUCCUCCGCGGGCCGCAGUGGGGAGGUUCUCGGGCCACAGACGGCUCGUGGGCCGGGACUUUGAGACCCCUGCUUUAGAGUCUUUAAAUCAGGAUUUGACAUCUUUUAAAGAGGAGAUAGGUUUUGUCUAGUUCGGGGUAGGCAACCUAUGGCAUGUGUGCCAAAGGCAGCACGCGAGCUGAUUUUCAGUGGCACUCACACUGCCCAGGUCCUGGCCACCGGUCCGGAAGGCUCUGCAUUUUAAUUUAAUUUUAAAUGAAGCUUCUUAAACAUUUUUAAAACCUUAUUUACUUUACAUACAACAAUAGUUUAGUUAUGUAUUAUAGACUUAUAGAAAGAGACCUUCUAAAAACAUUAAAAUGUAUUACUGGCACGCAAAACCUUACAUUAGAGUGAAUAAAUGAAGACUCGGCACACCACUUCUGAAAGGUUGCUGACCCCUGGUCUAGUUAAACCACAAGUUGUUGGCCCUGAUACAGGAAUCACAGCAUGAAAUUCUGCGGCCAUGUUACACAAGAGGUUAGAUUAGAUUAUCAUAGCGGUCCCUUCUGGUGUUAAAAUCUGUGAACCUCAUAGUGCUUUACAUCACCCCCAUUUGAGGGGGCAUGUUGAGGAGAAAUGACCCACACAGCAAGUCAACGGUAGAGCUAGGAACAGAACCCAGGAGUCCUGAUUCCCUGUCAUCAAGCCAAUAUCUAUGUUAAAUUCAACAUUACCUUUGAAAAAAAGGAGAUAAAAGUCUAUGACUGUCUGUCUAGUAUUUCUAGCAUCUCUACGGGCAGGGCCGGCUCCAGGCACCAGCCGAGCAAGCUCAUGCUUGGGGCAGCAGAUUCUACGGGGCGGCAUUCCGCCCAAUUCUAGGGCGGCACGGCCGCUUUCUGUUUGUUUUUUGUUUUGUUCGCAGAUCCAGCCGCCCUGUAGGGGGCGGCGGUACAGAGGAGGGGAGCGCCCUACUGGGAACAGGCUGUGCUCCAUCUGUCCCAGCCGGUGCCAGAUAUUUACAAGUGACUGACAACACGGUUUGGUGUGUGGAAACACUGUGCAACCUAUCGCUGCUGCUGCUACAAUACCAGCAGGAAUAGCUGGGAAUAUCCUGCUCCGAAAUACAGCUGCCCUGCUGUGAAAGUGAGUCAGGAAUCUGGGACACCAAUCAACAGAGAGAAUUUUGGACCAAUGACUUUAGACAAAAACCCUACUCAUCAAAAGUGCCGUGGAAUCCUGAAUACACACAUAGAACAAACAGGGUAUUGGCACUCAAGGUCUCAUCGGAAAGACCUUCAUGCAGUAAACUGCAUGGAGCUCAUUCGUUUAUCGACCUUGGCUGGAAGGAUGAAGAGCUAGGCGAACCCUGCUGGGAUUUGAAGCUGUGGUUUCAUGGAAUCCGGGUGUCUGGAGGCUCCUGGUUAGCAGUUUCAAAAAUGCUUUACCUAAAAAAAACUACCAUUUCCUACCAAAAACUCUUUGGGGAGAGGCGGGACUAUUUUAAACCGUGCCAAUCAGAAUUCUGCUUUGUUCGUUAGAACUGAGCUCCAGCUUGUUGCUUUUAGAGGAGUAUGUUCCAAGGGGAGUCUUGUCUUGCAGGGAAGUGUGGAAAGAAGACGGAGUGAAGAAAUUGGUUUAGUUCCAUUCUCUGCUGAGCCCCAGAUCCCUGCCACAUGCUGAACAGCCAGCAGAGAGGGAUAUCACUCCAUUCCCCUUUGUGUAGGAUGGCAGGCGUGGAAAUCUCAUUUUGCGGUUACGUUUUGACAUCAGGAUUAAAAAGAACUUGAUCGGGUCAAUUUCACUUCACCAGGUGACUGCUGCGUGGGUGGGACACAGCACGCACUGGGUCCUCUCUAACGCACUUCAGGCUCAGACUGGACUCAACAACAGCUCACACCCAGAGCCAAGGGAGAAUGGCUGGCCAAUGCUUAAAAAUGCCACCAGCUGUAUGGUUCCUUCCUCUUUCUAAAAAGUGCCACAAGAUCUUGGACAGCUGCUUGUGAGAGGGACACCAGCUGGAAAACGGGACCUCAGCUUAACUUCUCCGAAGCAGAGCAUCUCCCUGGAGCACCCAUUGGGUUAUGCUGCAGCACAGCUGUUCUUAAACGGUGGCCCCUGGACCAAUUGACUGAAGUUAGAAAAAACCCCAACCCGCGUUUCAAAUUCCCCUCUCUGACUUUGAAUUCAAAGCCAGACCUCCAUGGGCUUCCAAUAAGUCUGGGGCUGCCACUUCUCUCUUUCCGUUCUGGGAAACUACAUUAGUGCACAGGGUGGUGGCCGGCGUAGCCCCGUGAGUCGCCAUGAACGCGCAUCCUCGUCGCAUCCGCCUGAAGCCCUGGCUCAUCGCCCAAGUGAACAGCAACCAGUACCCAGGCCUGCAGUGGGUGAACCCCGAGCGGAAGCUCUUCUGCAUCCCCUGGCGCCAUGCCACCCGGCACGUCCCCACGCAGGACGACGAGAACACCGUGUUCAAGGCCUGGGCCAAGGAGACCGGCAAGUACAACGAAGGGGUAGAUGAGCCGGACCCAGCCAAGUGGAAAGCCAACCUGCGCUGCGCCCUCAACAAGAGCCGCGAGUUCAAGCUGAUCUAUGACGGCACCAAGGACACGCCCAUGCAGCCCUACAAGAUCUACGAGGUGUACGAGGGCCACCAGCCCAACGGAGACUCGCUGGCCGGGGACGAUCACAGCUGUUGCCCGGGCGAGGAGGAGGAGGAGCUGCAGAAAAUGACGACGCUGACGAUAGCGGAUCCCAGCCAGGGCGUGGAGCCGCUCCCCUCCUACGUGUGGCUGAAGCAGAAAGUCCCAUAUCCCAACCCCUGCGGGAACGGCGCCUUCCCCCCGCUGGGCGCCCGGGAACUCCUCCACCCGGACGUGUCGGCGCCUCCGGCCGCUGGCGCCUUCGCAGCAGGGGAGCUGCCCGCCCAGAGCCCGGCUGGGAGCAUGCCGCUGGAGGGGCCGGGCAGCCUGCAGAACCUGCCCCCCGGGGACGUGUCUCUGCAGCCCAUGGAACAGUUCAUCCCAGACCUGCUCAUCAGCCCGCACAUGCUGCCACUGACCGACCUGGAGCUCAAGUUCCACUACCGCGGGCGGCAGGCCAGCUCCCUGACCAUCAGCAACCCCCACGGGUGCCGGCUGUUCCACAGCAGCCUGGAGCCCACGCACGAGCAGGUGGAGCUCUUCGGGCCCGUGACGCUGGAGCAGGUGCGCUUCCCCAGCACCGAGCACAUCCCCAACGAGAAGCAGCGCUUCUACACCCACCAGCUGCUGGACGUCAUGGACCGGGGCCUCAUCCUGGAGUUGCAGGGCCAAGACAUCUACGCCGUCCGGCUGUGUCAGUGCAAGGUCUUCUGGACGGGGCCCUGCGCCGGCGAGCGGGCCGGCCCCAACCCCAUCGAGCGCGAGAGGAAGAUCAAACUCUUCAGCCUGGAGAACUUCCUCAACGGGCUCAUCCUGUUCCAGAAGGGCCAGACCAGCACGCCGCCCCCCUUCGAAAUCUUCCUCUGCUUCGGAGAGGAGUGGCCGGACCAGAAGCCGAAGGAGAAGAAACUUAUCACCGUCCAGGUCGUGCCAGUGGCCGCCCGGAUCCUGCUGGAGAUGUUCUCUGGGGAGCUCUCCUGGUCGGCAGACAGCAUCCGCCUCCAGAUCUCCCAUCCGGACCUGAAAGACAAGAUGGUGGAGCAGUUCAAGGAGCUGCAUCAGCUCUGGCAAAACCAGCAGAGCCUGCAGGCCCACCCGGCCUCGAACCUGGAGCCAGGCCCGGGCCCGUGGGCGAUGCAGGCCAGCAGCAUGCAGCAGUGAGGACGUGGGCACGUCGCGCACACUCACCCACUUCCCUUCCCUCCUGACGGGCGCCCGGGGGAGCCUGGCCGUGCGCGCCAGCCCCGAGGAGGGGGAGACGAGGCAAACUGACCUCUACAGGGCGAUGGUCCGCUGGAUCUGUCGGCGCAGGCUGCCCGGCUCAGCUGCCCGCUCCACGCCAACCUCCCAGCUGUGGACCCCAAAGGGGCAGGCGGGAGAGGGCCCUUCCUGCAGGGAUGGAUGGAGGCUGGCCCACACCACCACCUGCUGGGAAUACACUAGGCUGCGGGCCAGGCCCCACCUUGCCAGAGCACUGCAGGACAGGCAAGGCCUGCGAUGGAGGAAAGAGACUGUUAGACCCACCGCCCUGGGCACUUAGGAGAACUGCCUGGUGGUGGGCAGCAGGUGCUGGGGCCUGCUGAAAGGACAGGCCCGGCCGAGCCUGCGGGCGUGAAGGAGUCACAGUAUCCGGGAGCUGGCGUCACGGCCCCCAGGAACUGGCCUGGCCCAGAGACGCAGCAAGGGAAGUGCUCAGCUGUUAAUAAAAGCAACCACUUGCCU